AUGAUUCUGCCGCUUCCCGAUUCACUUAUAUAUUUACUGCAACUGAAAGAAACACUUAAAAUGGAAUUUUACGGAAAAUUAACUGUUUUUAUUCUCAUUCUGAACUUUUUGGCCAUAUUUGGGAGAAGUUUAGACAGAAUUCAAGAUGGACAAGAUCAUAAUUUAGUGGGCCACAAUGUCGAAAAACGGUCCAUUGGAUAUAUCGAAGGUGAUGACAGCGAUAUCUUCCAACAAGAAUAUGAAAACGCCUUUGAAAGACCCCACAGAAUACGCGUUUUACCUGGUUUCCUUCAU